CAAAGACAAUUACUUGGCCUCAACCGCCUAUGGUAGUAGACGCACGAAGUGUACUGAAACUACACAGAUCCACAGUAUACCGCAGAGGGUAUAUCAAAGAGGUGAGGUCCCUAUAACCUCGGUGGGAAUAUUGCGACACAAAACGAUUGCGAUCAGAGAACGUAAAAGAUGUAUGAAGACAGUGAGGAAGAGAAAGAGCCCCUUCUCGGCUGUUCCUCUGGAAGUGGCGGCGGAAGGAGGGAAGAGGGGGUGGCGGCAGUGGUGAAGUUUGAAGAUGAAGAAGACGAGACUAAGAACUGGCCUGAAGAUCUUGAAGAAGAGGCGGAAGAAUCUGACGAAGUUGACGGUAUAGGUAAAGGGAAAAGGAAAAAGAAAGUCAUCAUACCAAAUCCAAAGCCCAAACCAACCAUUAAAGACCUCCAGCGCGAGGUGGAGAAUGUUCAGGGCAUCAUGCGAGACAACAUCCAGAACCUCGUGAACGAUCGAGAACGGAGGCUGGAAAAUGUCCUGGAAAGAGCGGAGAGAGUGCAGAACGCCGCCGGCGACUUUGCGAGAGUGACCCGACGUGCUAGGGUUAGGGUGUGGCUGAGGUCUAACAAGUGGACAGUGUGUAUCAUCUGCACAGCAGUGGUUCUGAUACUUUGUGCGGUCGUCACGGUUGUUAUUGUACUGAAGACUAGGGGAAUCAUCUAGCUAUAGAUGCAGACGAAACUUAUUGAUAUCAGGUCUGCGUACCCGGAAAAUUAUAACCUCUUUACGUUAUACGUAUACGUCUAUAGCUAUGGCUACGACAAGUUACCUAUGCAGCUGGAUAUGAUCUUUUUAGAAACGAUCAG